AUGCAGGCCACAGCAUUUUUUUCAUUGAUUCUAACUACAAGUGUGCAAGUUGGCAAACGAUUUUUUAGCAUGGACAAACAGACCCUUUUGACGGCGCUAGCAGGUACCCUCAAUGCAGAUCUCCAGACGCGGAAGGAGAGUGAGAGCCAGCUUCAUGUUUUUGAAGCGCAACCUGGCUUCACUGCCUACCUUUUGGAACUCAUUACUGAGCCCGAAGUACCGUUGGGAAUCCAAAUCAGUGCUUCAAUUUUGUUCAAGAACAGAGUAGACCAUUACUGGGUAGCACCUGAGAAUAAGACCAGCACACUCUUGAUUCGAGAAGGUGAAAAACCCAUAAUCAAGGACCGCCUCAUCAGCACUAUUAUCAAAACGUAUAAGAACAAACAGAUCAAGUUGCAACUUGCUGCCGCACUCCAUAGCAUCUUGGAUACCGACAAGUGGGAGGAACUUUCGUCGAUAAUAAAAAAACUCAUUUCAGACAGCGGGAAUGUCGACCAUGUAUACACCGGGUUGAUUUGCUUGUAUGAAUAUACUCGAAAUUAUCGUUGGGUCGGUAUGGAGCUGACUUCUGGCAGUAAUCCUGUCUUGGAGGAGGUUUCUCAGGAAAUAUUUUCCUCUCCUUGA